ACCUUAAGUUGGUUUGCCAUCCGACAUUAAAACAAGGAAGUGUGAAUCUGUAACAAGUACUACUUUUUCAGUGUUACUUAUUCACUCUUUGAGGCCUUUUACUACUGCAGUGACUUCUCCUGUUUGUGCUGUAGUAGGCCUAUGUGUGGAGCUAAAGACCUUCUCUGAGGAUAAAGACUUUCUCUGAAGAACUAUUACACCUUCAGAAGAGCAGUGUCAUGGAUGUCUCAGACACAGACUCUGACACUAAUUCAAACUCCUCUGCACAUGAGAGAACUAGGACAAACCCACCACGGCUUGCAAAGAGUAGAGCGGGGCCCAACAGUCAAUCAGGAAAAGAGCAAAGUUAUAUAAACAUACAGACAGGUUAUGAAUCUUCACGCUCACGGCCCAAUUUUAAUCAAGAUGAACCCGAUUUUUCCAGCAGUUCAAGACAAAGACAGAAACAAGGAGAAGGACAGGAGAAGAAAAAAAAGUCUGACAAGUUAAAGGAAAUGACAGAGAAGAACAAACUACUUGAGAGAUCGUUAGAAGAGGAGAAGAAAAUGAAGACCGAAACGGAGGAGAAGAACAAGAAACUUGAGAGAUCGUUAGAAGAGGAGAAGAAAAUGAAGACCGAAACAGAGGAGAAGAACAAACUACUUGAGAGAUCGUUAGAAGAGGAGAAGAAAAUGAAGACCGAAACGGAGGAGAAGAACAAGAAACUUGAGAGAUCGUUAGAAGAGGAGAAGAAAAUGAAGACCGAAACGGAGGAGAAGAACAAGAAACUUGAGAGAUCGUUAGAAGAGGAGAAAAAAAUGAAGACCGAAAUGGAGGAGAAGAACAAACUACUUGAGAGAUCGUUAGAAGAGGAGAAGAAAAUGAAGACCGAAAAGGAGGAGAAGAACAAGAAACUUGAGCGAUCGUUAGAAGAGGAGAAGAAAAUGAAGACCGAAAUGGAGGAGAAGAACAAGAAACAUGAGAGAUCGUUAGAAGAGGAGAAGAAAAUGAAGACCGAAACAGAGGAGAAGAACAAACUACUUGAGAGAUCGUUAGAAGAGGAGAAGAAAAUGAAGACCGAAACGGAGGAGAAGAACAAGAAACUUGAGAGAUCGUUAGAAGAGGAGAAGAAAAUGAAGACCGAAACGGAGGAGAAGAACAAGAAACUUGAGAGAUCGUUAGAAGAGGAGAAGAAAAUGAAGACCGAAAUGGAGGAGAAGAACAAGAAACAUGAGAGAUCGUUAGAAGAGGAGAAGAAAAUGAAGACCGAAAUGGAGGAGAAGAACAAACUACUUGAGAGAUCGUUAGAAGAGGAGAAGAAAAUUAAGACCAAAAUGGAAAAGGAGACUGCACGAAUUGAGAGGUUGUUAAAGACUGAGAUUAAAGAGAGGACUAAAAUGGGAGAGAAGAACUCGGAACUUGAGAGAUCGUUACAGGAGGCAGAUCGUAAUAACAGAAAAUUAAAGUCUUUCACUUGGAUAGCCUCUGUGCUGGUUCUGGUUCCACUGUGUAUUGGAUUGCGCUUAGCUUUCAAAGGACAUGAGAUGAAUCAUCAUGAGCUUAGACUGAUGUUGGUGGGGAAAACUGGAGCAGGAAAGAGCGCAUCAGGAAACACCAUCCUGGGUGAAGAGGCCUUCAGAGUCGAGGCAUCUCCUGCAUCUGUGACCACAAGCUGUAUGAAGAAGAACAAAGUCCUGGAUGGAAGAAACAUCACCAUAAUUGACACUCCUGGUGUCAUGGACACAUGGUUACUAUCUAACCAAACGGCCCACCAUGCACAUGAAUGUAUCUCCAUGUCUUCUCCUGAUUCUCAUGUGUUCCUGCUGGUGAUCAGACUGGGAAGGUUCACAGUGGAGGAGAGCAGUGCUGUGAAGUGGAUUCAGGAGAACUUUGGAGAAGAAGCUCUGAAGUUCACCAUGAUUCUGUUCACUGGUGGAGAUCUUCUGGAAGGGAAGCCAGUGCAGAAGUUUAUCAGUAAUAGUUAUGAUCUCCAGAAUCUUGUAGAUACCUGUGAAGGUAGAUAUCAUGUUUUUAACAACUAUGAUGAAAGUAACCGCACUCAAGUCACAGAGUUAUUUGAAAAGAUAAAUGUAAUACUACACAAGAACAUGGGUUACUUUUACACAAAAGAGGUUCAUCAGAAGGUCCAGAGAAGCACCAGAGAAGAGGAAGAGAGGAAGAGAGUGAUUUUAGAGAAAGAGAUUAAAAUGGAGGAAGAGAAGAAGAGAAUGAUGUUGCAAGAAGAGAUCAAAACAGUGGAAGAGAAGAAGAGAGCCGUGAUGGAGAAACUGAUCAGAGAAGAAGGGAAAAUUCAAGUUGAACAGCUAGCAAGUGAGGUGAAAGCAGAGGCACAGAGAGAGUGUAACAUCAGAGAGGGAGAAAUCAGACAUGAAGAGGAAUUAAAUAGGAAACUUGUAGAAGAAGAGAUGAAGAUGGAGGAGAGGAGGAAGGUGAAUGAGAUGGCAAUUAAACUGAGAGAUGAACAAUUAGAGAACAAAAAUCUUAAGGCAGAGUUAGAACAUGCUAAUAGUACAUCUUUCUGGUUAAUGGUCUCAAUUGGCAUACUCAUUCUAUUUCUGGUGCUUGUAAUGACGAACAACAAAAAAAGAAAAUAGCUGAAUCAUUAGGCUAAGGAGCUAAAAUAGGAUCCCUGCUAUCUUUAAAAUUAACAGCAAAUUGAAAUUAAACUCCCCCAUUUUCCUGUGCAAGUCAUUUAAUUUUCCAUAUGGUCUUACAGAUGAUAAUAAUGAUUUGCAGGACCCGAUUUAUAUGUGAAGUUAUGAAUGUUAACUUUAAUUAAAACUUUCAUUGAAAUACUCUAAAUUCAAAGGCCAAAAAAUUCUGAGCUGAUGCACCUUGUCAGAUGUCAUUUAUUUUGUGGGGUUUUUAAAAAAAAUUGAACUAAAUGACUGAAAUUGCUCAUUUUGUUCAAAUUACAGAUAUGUACAGUGAGCUCCAGACUUAUUGACACCCUUUCAGAGAACAGGCAAAAACUAUUAGAUAUCAGAUCUCACAGUUGGCUUGGGAUUGUACAUCACUUUGAAUGAAAGCAGUAGGCCAAGUGAAGUAAAUGGAAGAGAGAGCCUACUGCCACUGCAACCCCCACUAAAAAAAUGCAGUAAGAAAAUGAAUGAAAUUGUGGUGUUAGACGAGACCAACAUCAUGAUCUGGUGAAAAGUGGGAACUUCAUAAAGGACCAAACACUUAUUAUGGGAAAAACUUGAAACAUGCCAGUAGGCACUUCUGAAACAUGCCAGUUGGUGGACUGGCUAAGAUAAAUUGUCCCUAGUUGUGAAUAAGUGUGUGAAUGGUGUCGUGUGAUGGACUGGCUUCCCAUCCAGGGUGUAUUCCUGCCUCAUACUCAGUGCUCCUGGGAUAGGUUCCAGAUUCACCCUAACCCAGACAAGGAUAAAACAGUUACACAGUUACUGAGUGAGAGAGCGUUUUAUUCAAAUAAAUCUAUACAAGGUUUCCAUUUGUUCAUUUUAUAUAUUCAUUUUAUAUCUUAUUUUUCAGAAUCAAUUGAAUUGUGUAUGAUUAUUUAAAAUGAUACAUUUUUGUAAUAAGUGAAGGAUAGAAUAAAAAGCAAGGAGAUUUUUUUUA